UUUGCAGUAACUUAAAUACAUUAACAGUUUUUCCUCUUUUUUUUGUGGAGCAGAGGUGCCUUUGAGGACCAGUUCUUCAUUUAUCUCUUAUGUGUUAAACGUUGGGCUUAAAAGACAAUUAAAUCUAGUGCUAAAUGCUUUAAAUCAUAAUAUAGUCAUCACUUCUAAAAGACUGGACUGUAUCUGGGUUGUUUUCGAUGAUCAUAGAAUGUUAUUACUUAUAUCACUUUCCCUUUUACUCUUGCAGUGGUAGUAAUUUCCUUGCUGAAAUUAGAAUUAUACAGAGGAAACGCUGUAUAAAGUCACUGUUUUAGGCAAAUUAUUAAGAUUUCGUAAGGCUACAUGAAUUUGAUAUACCAUCAGAUAAUAGGAGAUGUAGUCUCUUGGCAGUUUAAAAUGAAGACUCCCUAAAUGCAGUGCUGGAUCAUGGUGCAAAGCUCUAGAUGUCUUUAUGUUAUACCAGCUCUUGAAAUCGUCAAUUUUUACCCUAGCAGAGCAUUGUUACAAUGACCCAUGUAUAACAGUUGAGAAACCUUUUCACAAUCAUGUGAACAUGUUUGUCAUCAGGUAGUAUCACAGUUCAGGAGCGAUAUGUGGGAAGAUUCGAGUUUUGGAGCACAUUUAGCAGCAAAGCAGAAUAGAAAUGGAUUAGGCCAAAGUAUGUGUGAAAAUACAAUAAAUGAAUAAACUCGAAACAUAGACUGUCCGUCAUCCAACAUUUUGAUUGAAGACAAUGGACUGAAGUCCCAAAACAAAAUAAAGCCCCGGCUGUGUUGUCAGAGUCACGUUCAACAUUCAGAACUCUGUCCCAGUUGGCAGCAGCACAUCUCUUCAUAUGGGAUGGGCUAAACCCCGUCCAAUGGCAGCUUUCUAGGAGCUAAGGAUAAGUUAUAGGGGUGGUUUUCUGUUCAAAACAUUUCCCCAGGACUGCAGCAAACCGUGGACCAAGAGACUUCAGGGAAAGGAGAAGUGAUUUCAUAACAGCUCAAUUGGGCAGAGCUUUUGCAGCUGUUUCUGGUAUUAUGGAUCGAGAGAGCGAUUUGUGUCAAGGAGAUGUUGGAGAGCCGGCGCUCCUCGUUGCUCAGGUGCUGCUGAGGCUCCAGAAGGCUGUCGUCGCAGUGGUCUUACGCAUCCGACAGACCAUUGUACAAAGCUUUGUUGUGUCCUCUGUUGUCGUCCUGCUCCUCUGGAUCGCCGCCUUUUUAUAUGGGAGCUUCUACUACUCCUACAUGCCCAGGGCGGCUUUUUCCACACCUGUGCACUAUUAUUACAGGACGGACUGUGAAUCCCCCUCCUCUUUUUUGUGCACUUAUCCAGUGGCCAACAUCUCACUGAUGAGGAACAAGAAACAUGUUCUGACAUUUGGCCAAGCCUAUCAGAUCUCCCUGCAACUGGAGAUGCCUGAUUCUCCAACCAAUCAGGAACAGGGGAUGUUCAUGAUCAGGGCAGCCUGUUUCUCUCGGGACGGAGGCCAAGUUGCCUCCUCUUCUCGCCAUGCAAGUAAACAGCUGUCUGCCUCCAGCUCUCGCUUUGGUAUUCUGCGAUACCAAUCAGACCUGCUGAGGUACCUGGGAACUCUGCUGUUCCUCCCAGCCUUUCUGAGUGGAGCCGCUGAGCAGAAACAAAUUCUGGACGUGGAGCUCUUUUCAGACUACACAGACGACCCGUACACCCCGUCUACCACUGCUGUCAUUGAGAUUCUGUCCAACAAGGUGCAGAUCUACUCUUCACAUCUCUACAUUCAUGCUCAUUUCAGUGGUCUAAGAUACCUGUUGUUCAACUUCCCUCUCAUAUCAGCUGUGGUGGGUGUGUCCAGCAACUUCAUCUUCCUCAGUUUGCUCUUCCUCAUCAGCUACAUGCGGCUGCUGUUGAAAGUCGAAUGGAGUCCAGGGCAGCUCCGGUCAGAUGGGUUGCUGUCAUUCGAUGGGACGACCAUGAACAACAACCAGCAAGAGGACGGAAAAGAUGCUGCAAGUGCUGCAGAACCACCUGGUCCGCCGCAGACAACCCCAACAAAUGUGAGCAUGGAUGGAUACGACACAGAGGGGCACAACAGACAGAUGAAUGGUCAGAGUGGAAGAAAUGAAUCACAGUCCAUCAAUAAUGGAGAGGGAGAAGGAGUAGAGGGAGGACUCACAAAGCUCCCAUUCACCACUAACAAAUACACUGAGUGAUAACCUGAGUUUCCCCAUUUAAGCUCCUCCACACUGAUGCUUUAUUGUUUGGACCCCCUAAUUUAUGGGCUUGACUUGUCUGAAACUUUAUACAAAUCUCUCAUUUCUUAUAUUUCUUUUAUUCCUUGAACAGUCAAGAGUCAAAAUAAGUAAUACAGCCUUGAAAUAGUGAAAUAAUUCAAUAGAUUUUUAAAACACAGUGUCAUAACAUUUGUCACAAUGUUUUAUUCCAUUUCAUUUCAGCUCCUCCAGCUCCUUUUUCCAAAUUCAGUUGUUAUUUCACAGUGCAGUUUCAUUUAAUUUCAUUCAAUAAUGCCACAUAUUUUUUCUGUCAAUCAAAAUAAACAGGGCAGAGCCAUUUGUGUAAUUGACUCUCUUGUGUAAAUGGCUUUGGUCUGAAAGACUGCACAGCCAUUCUGUCUCAGUCUUUUGUCUUGAUUGACAGACAAAGACUUGGUAAUAAAAAGCAGUAUCGUGAAAUGAAGUGUUCGCGGGUAAGAUCUGAAAUGAAAAACUGGGGGAAAUACAUACAUACAUACAUAAAUAGUUGAUUAACUGGUAAAGGGAAAUGAAAAGAAGCUGUCAUGUGGCAGGCAUGUUGAGAAAACAAAAAGUGAGCUUUAAUCACAUAAAGCUUAAAUCUGGACAACAGAAACUGGCAGACAAUUAAAACAGAAAACACAGGCAGGGUCAAAUCCAAUAAACUAAAUAGAAAUACAUCAGUUUAACGCAACCACAGUUAGUUUUUACCUGGUUAUGAAAGAGUCUAAAUUUAUAUGAGUAUCAUAUACCUACACCUAUCAGUGGGACCAAAUGUAGAGUGUAAUAGCCUCUGUUUACUUUUUUGAAGGCUACAGUAAGUAUGAUUUUAGCCAGUUAACAAGAAGCAGGAGGGAAUGUUUCUCUAGAUAUGUUGAUGAAGGUUCUCAGUCAUCCAGGUCACGGUAGUUCAAAGUGCUGUGUCACAGGCAACUGGACUUGUUUCAAUUUCUUUAAGAGGUCACAAUUCUUAUCCAAGAGGCUUCUUCAGUUCUAACUAACUGGAGAGGAGCUGCAGCCUUUUAAACUGUGUAGGAGAGUCCUUACAGAGUCGUUAAUGACAUGUUUGAACUCUGAGUUUCAGAGUUGUUAAGGCCACGUUUGGGUUGUUGAACUAACCGGCCUUCAUGUGGGUUGCUAGGGCUAGGUGAGCCCAGAUGUGGAUGGCUGUUAAGCUGUCUGGGGAGAGAACUCAGCACUGAAUUGUAAGUGGUUUUUGAGUAGCGUUGGAAUUUUUUUUUUAUUUGUUUUUGUCGGUGGGAACACACACCAAUUUUGUACUCAAGGGCCUUAAAAAGCAGCAAAAUAACAUAGUUCCUUGUAGUAGCUUUACUAAGGUAAAAAUAACAUUAAACAUUAACUGAGGUAAACAUAAAAUACACAGGGACUAACUAACUACAAAUCAGUGAAUACAGAAAACAGGUGGAAAAAAAUACAAAGACAGGAAGUGUAAAAAAAGCAUGACACAUGAUGAGUCUCUUUCAACAUAAAACAGGAAAUAAAUGUAAAACCCAAGACCUUGACAGAAGCCGGAUAAAUGAUUCUAAAAUUCUAUUUAAUGAUUUUACAUUUUCAUGGUUACAUCAUAUAUUAUAUCUGUAUUUCUUCAUGUGAAUAUUUAUUUCAGAAUUACUUUUUACUUAUAUUACUUAUAACUGUUUGUUUAUCUUAGCACUCUGGUGGUCCAUGUAUUUGGGACGUACAUAGUAUAUUAAUAUUUUGACACUGAUGCUGAAUGGCUGGGCUUCCUGCUUUCCUAUUUCAGUUAUCCAGUGUAUGAUUUUGAAGCUGUUUCAUUUGCAACUUAUAACUAGUAUACUGGCUGAAAUGUUACUUUAAAAUGUUGAUAAUCAUGUUAAAUUAUGAUUACAGCAUGUGAUGCAGCCUGUUCAUCUUUGCACCUUUAUAAAAAUAUGUUAAAGGAGACAUACUCAUUUUCAGGUUCAUGGUUUUAGUUUAGUUGCUACUGGAACAGGUUUACAUGCUUGAAUGUUCAAAAAACACAUCAGUCUUCUCAUAUUGUCCACAUAGUGGAUGCAGCACUAUUCUGUCUGAGUAGCUCUGUUGUCGCUAAAGCCCGGUGUCCUCUGAUUGGUCAGUUCAUACACGUCUGGGCCAGCAGCGCAAACAACAACAGAGCAGCUGUGCCAAGUCUUGUGCCAAACUAGCAGAUGCAAAUGCAAAUGUGUGAUAUGGUGACAUAGUUGUUGACUACUGAUGAGGCAUUUCAGGAGCAGUGUUUUCUGUGGGAGAGAGGAGCUUCUGUUGGUGACUUUAACCUUUUUAAUGUUAACCUUUUACAUGUACAAGAAUAUAAAAUACUGAAGGGAGGGAAAAAAGUAAAAUGCCAUAAUAUAUCUCAAACCAAAAUGUUUGUGACUUGUCUCCAUUCUAAGCUACAUUCUGUUGCAAUAAAACCUGUGAAAAAUG